AUGUCAGAAGUACCUGAACAAUACAAAACUUUAUUAGAAACUUUAAAAACAAUGGGAAUUGUUCCAAAGGCUGACACACCAGCAGAUCUUGAAAAAUGGAUGAUAGCUUACUUAGAAACAAAGGAAGGAAAAUUUGUCAAAGCAGAAACAAAAGACAAGGGAUUAAAGCCGGAGUUAAAAGCUAAUUGCCAUUACGAGAAGGAGAGAUUUAAAGGAUUUGAUGAGUUGCGAGUUGCAUUAAGGAAGCUGGAGAAAGAAAAUGAAAUUGAUGUGGGGAGUAGGACAGCUCAUGUUAAGCAAGCUGUUGUGCAGGAAAAAGAUGAAGUUCAAGGGAUGCUGAAACAAAUUACUCAUCGGCUUAAUAACCUAGAGCUACAAAGCAGGGUAGAAGUCAGUUCAGAGGUUCAGCAACCUACAGGACAAGAAACAGAGGCUGUAUUAGAAGAAGACAUUGGAGUUACCCUAGGAGAUCAGAAGGUGAAUAUAGAUCACAACAACGUGAUCAGCCUGACCAAAGCAGCACAGCCGCAAGUCUAUGAGGAGAGAUCGUCCAUAGAAUCGAUUCCAAUAAGAUCAAGGAAAUUACCACCUGGUUUAUGUGGAGAACCAACAGAAGCUACUAUUCUUGUUAACGGCAUAGAAACAAAGGCACUCAUAGAUACAGGUUCUACAAUAUCAACAAUGAGUAAAAAGUUCUACUUGGAUUAUUUUCAGCAUGUGCCUAUUGAGGACAUAGGAGCCUUAAUUAAUAUUGAAUGUGCCGACGGCAAACAUCUGCCAUAUGAGGGUUGUAUUGCAGUAGAUUUACAAAUACAAGAUAUGGAUAACCCGGUACCAUCAAUUUUGUUGAUCAUUCCUGACAGCCCGUAUAAUCUCAAAGUACCUGUUUUGUUGGGAACCAAUAUCUUGAAUACUUUAAUGGAAACAUUUCAAAGGAAACAUGGAGACAGAUAUUUAGAUAAAUCCAAAUUAACAACACCAUGGUAUUUAUCGUUCCGUUCCAUUCUACUCAGGGAAAAGGAACUUAGAAGAAACAAUUUUAGACUGGGACUGGUAAGAAGUGCGGAAAAAAACACCAUUCGCAUACAGCCAAACUCGAGAGUAAUUGUCAGAGGAUAUAUAAAUAAAGCUUUACCCUACCAACAGACGUUAGCGAUGUUACAACCUACCAUCAAGUCAAGAAUAGAUAAUGAUAUAGACAUAGAACCAUCCUUGAUUGAAUACAAGAGUGCUGUGUUACAUCCAGUAGAUGUCUAUAUGAGUAACAUUACUACUAGAACAGUUACCAUACUACCAAAGGAAAUUCUAUGUGAAAUACAGCCUGUCACAGAAACAGAUCUUGAGCCACCAGUGACUAAAACAGAAGGAGACUUGGAACAAGAUGUUUUGAACCUGAUUACAAUGGACGAGGAAAACCUAUCCCCUGAUGAGAUUGAAGAAGGAAAACAGCUGAUUGAGAGCUAUAGGGAUAUAUUUUCGAGAAGUGAUACAGAUGUUGGGCAAGCAAGGAAUGUGUAUCACAAGAUUGAGUUAGAGGAUGAUAGAAACUUCAAGCAGAGAUACAGACGAAUUCCACCAGCAAUGAUAAAUGAAGUACGAGAACAUCUGAAGCUGUUGCUCAGAUCUGGAAUCAUAAGAAAAUCCCAUUCACCGUGGUCAUCAAAUGUAGUACUAGUAAAGAAGAAAGACAACUCCUUACGGCUGUGCAUUGAUUUUAGACAACUAAACAAAAAGACCAAGGAUGCAUAUGCCCUACCUCGGAUAGAGGAAAUGCUGGAUUGUUUAGCGGGGAACAAAUAUUUUUCGGUCCUAGAUUUAAAAUCCGGAUACCAUCAGGUGGAAAUUUUUGAACCACAUAAAGAGAGAACUGCCUUCACGGUAGGACCUUUAGGUCUGUAUGAAUUCAAUCGAAUGCCUUUUGGAUUGACGGGAGCACCCGCAACUUAUCAACGCUUAAUGCAAGAAACUUUAGGAGAUCUACAUUUGAAAAUUUGCUGUAUUUUCAUUGACGAUAUCAUUGUAUUUUCCUCUACAUUUCAACAACAUUUGGAACGACUAAAAUUAGUUUUCGACCGUAUCCGUGCAGCCAAUCUCAAAUUGUCACCCAAGAAAUGCUCCUUAUUCAAAAGAAAAGUGAAGUAUGUGGGACAUGUUGUUUCCAGCGAGGGAGUAGAGACGGAUCCAGACAAGAUAUCAAAGGUAGUUGACUGGCCUACACCUACAAAUCCUGAAGAGAUAAGGAAGUUUAUAGGCUUUGCAGGAUAUUUUAGAAGAUUUAUUCAGAAUUUUAGCCAGAUUUCUAAACCAUUGACAGAGUUAUUUCCUAGUACAUCCAAAAAGAAGAAAAAGAAAAUUGUAAAAGAAUGGGAAUGGGGUGAGAAAUAG